GAAAUGUCUGAAGAGAGAAGUAUUUUGUUCUUUUUUUGGUUUCCUUCCCGCUGCUCAGAGUCUUCUCUUUUUCUCUCUCUAGAGAGAAACCCAACACUUGAGAUUCUUCUCUAUUUCACACAUCUGAAUCGAGUAUUAGUUUGAAAUCUAGACCGGGGGUUGGGUUUCUUUUGGAAUUUGGAGUGUCUUGGAUCUAAGGUUGCUUCAUUUUUGAAGGUGGGCUGCAUCUUGGUUCAUUAAUAAGACUUUGGGAGGACAGAUAUGGGUGUUGAUCUGUUCUUUCAAUUGUGAUACAGAAGUUUUGUUUUGCGCCGACUGGUUUGAACAAUAUAUAAAGCAGUAACUACCAGUGUUUUUCAGCUCCUGAAUUUAUCAAUGGAGUGCAACAAAGAAGAGGCUGUAAGAGCCAAGGAAUUGGCUGAGAAGAAGAUGGAUAGCAAGGAUUAUGUGGGUGCUCGAAUGAUGGUCUUUAAGGCCCAAAAACUAUAUCCAAGUAUUGAAAAUGUCAGUCAAAUGCUAACUGUAUGCGAAGUACACUGUUCUGCUGAGCACAAAGUAGUUGGGUCGGAACCAGACUGGUAUGGCAUCCUUCAGAUUGAGCAAACUGCUGAUGAGGCAUCCAUUAAGAAACAGUUCAGAAAGCUUGCCCUCCAGCUUCAUCCUGAUAAGAAUAAGUUUCCCGGUGCAGAAGCUGCCUUUAAAUUGAUCGGUGAAGCACAGAGGUUUCUUUGUGACCAGUCAAAAAGGUCACAGUUUGAUCAGAAGCGUAAGACUAUGAGACCUGGUCAACAGAGGCAGUCUCAAAAUCAGCCAAGUAGGAAUAACUAUCCGAGCAAACAACAUUCUAAUCCUGUGGCUACUGGUACAGCCGCACAGUUCGCACGCAUGAAUCCUCACCAGCAAAAACAGCAGACCCAACCAUCAUAUGCCAAUGGCCAACAGACAUUCUGGACUGCAUGCCCUUUUUGCAGUAUAAGGUACCAAUACUACAGAGACAUUAUGAACAGAGCUCUUCGCUGUCAAAGUUGCAUGAAACCUUUUAUUGCUUAUGAUUUGAAUAAUCAAGGGAUACCUCCUGGAGUUAACAACCAGCCAAUGCCCCAAAAGAAAGAAGCCCCGAGUCAGAAUGGUCAGAAGUUUACGUCAGUAAAUCUACAGGGAAAUCGUGGCAAUGUGCCACCAGUACCACAGCCACCCACAAUGACGGGAAGGGAUACCGCGGCUGGUAGGGCACCUAAACCCUAUGCAAAAGAAGACGUGAAUGUCCAUGUGGAAGCUGGAAUGAAAACUGAACCUAAACCUCUGGGUACCAAAAACAGGAAAAGAGGAAGAAAGUCCGACUCAGAAGAGGAAAGUGACAGUUCUGAAAAUGAAAGCAGCUGCGACAUGGAAGAAGAUGGUGAUCACAAAUCUGGGCAGAAUCCUGGACUCAACAGUGGUCGUGAUACUCGCAGAUCAUCUCGGCAAAAACAUGAUGUUAGUUACAAAGAGAACUUGAGCGAUGAUGACGAUGUAGCUAGCGGAUCAAGACGAGAGACUACUAAAAUGAAUGAGCCAGUGGAUAAAGAUAAAAGGAAGGUCCUUGAAGAAAGUACACCAGAUGGAAAUGCUGAAAACUGCAAGAAUAAUGGAGAGGAAGUAGCUGAAGAUGAUGGCAACCAUGAAGGAUCUGAACCCACCGUCCUUGAAGUUGCUGAUCCAGAUUUUUAUGACUUCGACAGGGAUAAGAGUGAAGAAUGCUUUGCUGUUGAUCAGAUGUGGGCCAUUUUUGACGAUUUAGAUGGUAUGCCCAGAUUCUAUGCUCGGAUAAAUAAAGUAUAUUCGCCUUUCAAGGUGGAUAUCACAUGGUUGGAGUUUGUUGCUGGGGAUCCAGGUGAGACUGCUUGGAAGAGAAGUGGGUUACCCGUUGCCUGUGGUAAAUUCAAACACGAGAAGAGUGAUACAAUUGAAGAUGUAGGUACAUUCUCCCAUAAGAUUGUCUGGGAAAAAGGUGUUCGAAAUACUUACAAGAUCUAUCCCCGAAAAGGUGAAACAUGGGCCCUCUACAAGAACUGGAACAUCAAAUGGAGCUCUGAUCCGGACAACCACAGUGAGUAUGAGUAUGAAUUUGUAGUUGUCCAGUCAGAUUACACCAACGAGUCAGGCAUUUUGGUUGCACAAUUGGUUAAGCUAAAAGGUUUCGUAUGCCUUUUUAAGCCAACCAAAACCAAUGGCAUGUCUUCCUUCCAGAUACCAUCUAAUCAAAUGUUAAGAUUCUCUCACAGGGUUCCUUCAUUUAGAACAAAUGGUAGAGAACGAAAAGAUGUUCCUGAAGGUUAUUUUGAACUUGAUCCCGCUUCCUUGCCCAGCAACCUUGAAGAAGUUUCUGAUCACAUUGAUGGGAAAGCUGAAACUGUUGGUGGUGAAAUUAAUGGUUCCUUAAAAUCUGUAUUAGAGGAGAAGCCUCAUAUGCCGAAGAAUGACGUGACGGCAAAAGCUGAAUCUAAUAUGCCGAAGAAUGGGGUGACAGCAAAAGCUGAAUCUAUGACACCAGGUACUUCAGAUGGUGUGACAGCAAAGGCAGAGAGAGCUCCUGAGCAAACUCCUUCUUCGCCUACUAUAGACCCUCAGGAACUUCCAGAGUCGGUCUUUUAUUCCUUCGAAGAUGACAAAACUGAAGAGAAACUUCAAGCUGGUCAGGUUUGGGCUUUGUAUUGUGAGUUGGAUGGCUUGCCCAAGUACUAUGGUCUGAUUAAAAAGGUUGAAUCGACCCCGGAGUUCAAAGUGAAUAUACAAUGGCUUGAAGCUUGCACCCCACCAAGGGGUUUGUUGCAGUGGCUUGACAGUAAAAUGCCCACAUGCUGUGGAGUUUUUUCUAGUGGUGACGAAAUGGAGUUUGAUGACACUGCUUCUUUCUCUCAUCUUUCAAAAGGAGCCGCACCUGUAAAGAAAAACAACUAUGAGAUCUAUCCAAGGAAAGGGGAGGUGUGGGCAAUAUACAGGAAUUUGAGUUCCGAAUGGUCUUCUUCUGACCUCCAAACAUGUGAGUAUGACAUAGGCAAGGUUGUAAACGUGGAAGGUACAAUGAAGGUGUUGGUUUUGGAAACGGUUUCUGGUUAUGACACGAUUUUCAAGGGUCAGAUGAAAGCAGGCUGUGAAUCCAUACUUGAAAUACCACGACGUGAAUUGCUUAGAUUCUCUCAUCAAAUUCCUGCAAUCCAGUUGACUGAUGAUAAAGUAAGAACCUUGUUGACUGAUGAAAAAGUAGGAACCUUGCCUGGAUGUUGGGAGUUGGAUCCCAAAGCAAUGCCUAUCUGUUUAUUUAAUUGCAAGUGAAGAGUCAAGACUGUUAGAGACAUGGUGACAAAUAGCCCAUGUGCUUGCUCCUUUUUUCUUCCUCAUACAUAUCUGUCAUGUUAGCCGACCUUGUUUCUCCAUUGAAUGGGUCUUCAGUUUGUUUAUGGAAGCCAUAGAUGGUGGCUUCAACCAUCGAUUUUCUUUAUGUAGAAACCUGAUAGUAUCAAGCAGAAGAGUGAAGGUUGUUUGGGCUGGUUUUACAUUUUGGUGUACAAGGUCCGUGUUCUUUUCGGUCUGCUGCUCAGGAUUACUAGUUGAUUUCUUGCAGCAAUACGGGGUUUAGCAAUUUAUCGUUUUUUAUACGCGGUAUGGAGAGAAUGUCUUCUGUCAGAAUGAGGUAUCCAUCUCAUCUGCAUCUUCAUGUGGCUUUAUUUUAUUUGCUCUUCAUUUGUUUCACCUCAUGUCUUACUGAAGUAUUAUUAGUUUUAGUAGUAUGUAAUCAGUAUGCUGGUAGCGUAUUCUGUUAUGCUUCCUUACUUUAGGUGUUACUUCAGCAGAUCUAUCUCUGCUGGGAUUUCCAGCACAUGAUUACUUUAGGGUCAGUUGUACAUGUGAAAACUCUGAAACUUUUCUAUGAAAUUUUAGAAGUUUUUUGAAUUUAACUGGAUGUAAUACAUGUGAACAAUCUUUCCAUUUUGGCUUUUAUAAGUCGAAUCUCCUAAUACAUGGAUAGGGUUCCUAUU